UGCGUCCGUCACGGAAUACUACCAACAUCCACCAUGAUUCACCUAUUUGGUGCUUCCGUUUCCACUGCCCAGUUUCUCGCUGUUGCUUUCACACUGUGCGUCACCUACAAACUCGCCUCCCACAUUUCGCACAAUGCCAAACUGCGCAAACUUGGUGGCCGUGCCCCCAUCCGUCGUUCGUAUUUUCCCCUGAGCCUGGUAAUCUACGAAGUCGUGACGCAGUCGCUAAAAGACAAGAAUUACGAACUAUGGCUCAACAUGUUUACCAAGUAUGCCCCGGGAAGAUGGACAAUCGAAGCCGGAGCUGGCCAAAGGGUCAUCUUGACAGCCGAGCCUGAAAACAUAAAGGCCAUUCUUGCUACCCAAUUCAAAGAGUAUGGCAAGGGCGAACAGUUUCACCAAGACUGGUUCGCCUUUCUCGGAAACGGCAUCUUCAACGUGGAUGGUCAGAUAUGGCACAAUUCCAGACAGCUGAUCCGACCACAGUUCGUCAAGGACCGUCUUAGUGACUUGGACAUCUUUGAAGAACACGUUCAGAUCUUGAUCAAGAAACUGGGCGAAGCCCCUGAAGUCGACAUACUCGACAUGUUCUUCAAAUAUACGCUGGAUGCCGCAACUCAUUUCCUGCUGGGCACAAGUGUCGACAGUCAAGUUCACGCGCAGACUGCUUUUGCUGAUGCUUUCAACAAUGUGCAACAUAUCCAAGGAAUCAUCGCACGAAUGGGACCGUUCAACUGGGCCGUACCUCGUCAACGUUUAGGCUUCUACUCAUCCCUCAAAGUUUUGGACGACUUCAUGGACACAUAUAUUGAGAAAGCGCUUGCCCUUUCCCCGCGCGAACUCGAAGAAAAAUCCAACCACGACGAAGGAUAUACCUUUCUCCACUCCAUUGCAGCCUACACACGGGACCGCAAGACGCUCCGCGACCAGCUCGUCUCGACCCUUCUCGCAGGACGCGACACCACUGCCUGCACCCUGACCUGGAUCCUGUACCACCUCUCGCUGCAACCGGACGUACUGGCGAAGCUGCGCAGCGAGAUCAUCGAAACCGUCGGCCUCGACCGCGCCCCCUCGUACCAGGAUCUCAAGGAUAUGAAGUACCUUCAAAACGUCAUGAACGAGACGCUACGUCUGUACCCUGUGGUUCCUUACAACGUCCGAGUCUCGCUACAGGACACGACGCUCCCCGUCGGCGGUGGCCCAGAUGGCACGCAACCCGUUGCCAUUCCAAAGGGCACACCCGUCGGCUACUCGACGCUCGUGAUGCAACGCCGCGCAGACAUCUACCCACCUAGUAGCUCGGGAUUCCCACCGCCCGAGGACUUUGUGCCUGAGCGCUGGCAGACGUGGACGCCCAAGAGCUGGACGUAUAUUCCAUUCAACGGCGGCCCGAGGAUAUGUAUUGGCCAGCAGUUCGCCUUGACCGAGAUGGGAUACACGCUUGUGAGGUUGCUGCAGAAAUUUGAGGUUGUGGAGAAUCGCAUGGGCGGUGUUGACGCUGGAUUGCAUGCUGAUAUAGUGUUGCAGCCGAGUAAACAGGUGAAACUUGCUUUCCGUUGA